AUGACUGAUCUUACCAGUUCAAAGUCAGUAACCGAAUAUGGUUGUACCAAAUGCGCAGAUAAACUUCAUCGGUAUAUAUGUGAUCAUUCACUGCGUCUUUCUGAAGCACAAAAGUGGUUAUUACAAGAGACUAGCAAACAUCCACUGUCACAUAUGCUUUUCUCCAGCAUAGAAAUGCAACUUCUAUCAAAUUUGUGUUAUGCGAUAAAUGCUAGAAAGACAAUUGAUAUUGGAGUUUAUACUGGAUAUAGUUCAUUGUCUGUGGCGGAAGUAUUGCCAUCAGAUGGACGUGUAGUAGCCUUGGACAUAACAGAUGAAUAUUUGAAAGACUAUUGUUUACCAGUAUGGAAGAAGGCAGGUGUAGAAUCGAAAAUUGACUUUCGACUCGGUCCAGCUGUUGAUACUCUACAAACUUUGAUUGAUAAUGGAGAGAGUGAAACAUUCGAUUUCGCUCUGAUCGAUGCUGAUAAAGAAAACUAUAGUAAUUAUUAUGAACUAUGUUUAAAACUAGUACGACCUCGUGGAAUCAUCGCCAUUGAUAAUGUUCUACGGAGGGAGAGGGUGCUUGACGAGAAUGAUAACAGUCCUGAAACUGUUGGUGUACGAGAAAUGAAUGCUUUGAUAGCUAAAGAUAACUCUAAUUGUGGUGAUAUACUCACUGAACAAGAAGAUUCAAUAAAUUAUUCAUCAAACUUACUUAGACAUCAAUUUCAAUUAGAGAGUUGUCUACUCACUCGUGAAGAUCUCAUUAAUUUAGACAAAAUUGAACCUCGUUGGAGAUAUAUUCGAAUAGGAUUAUUAAUUGGAUUUGGGAUUCUAUUUUUUGGUCUUUUAGCAGCAUGUAUUGUUUAUAUAAUUGUUGGACAAAAAUGCCCAUCUGUGCCCAAAUUACCGUUUUGGAAAUCAACAGUUGGUUACUGGUUAGAUGUGUUUGCAUUUAAAGAUUCUUCAGGUGAUCUAGUCGGUGAUUUAAAUGGUCUCACAUCUGAAGUAGAUUACAUCAAAACUGUAGUCGGUGCAGGAUAUGUGAUAUUAGGUCCCAUUACUAAAGGAUUUUACACUAAUUCAUACAAUACACUCGGAUUAGUGGAAGAAUACGAGCAGUUAGAUGAGGCAGUCGGCACAAUGGAUGAUUUUCGUGGUCUUUUAAAACAAUUUCAUAAAAAGGAUAUCAAAGUUAUCUUGACAUUUGAUUUCAAUGCGAUAUCCAUCAGUCAUAAAUGGAUCACAGAGAACAAUGUCAAACUGACGUUGUUUGAUGAUGACUUUAAGAAAAAGACGUCACGAUAUGGAAAUACAUUGGACGUGAAUAUUAGUCAUCAAAAAUAUUAUUCCGUUUUUGAAUAUCCAAGCAUAGAUUUACAUUUAAUUUCUGCCAAAACUCGGAAAGCAAUAUUUGAUGUGAUCCACUUUUGGAUGAAAGAAGGAAUAGAUGGAAUUCUCCUGGAUAAUGCUGCAUUUUUCGUCGAAGAUAAAGAAAAAGGAACACAAAGCAAACUCAGUUCAACAUGGUUUGAAAACUGCCCUAAUUCUCAAUUAUAUGGAAAUGGAAGUGUGAGAUUUGUUGAAAGUGUAAGAGAAGAAAUGAACAAGUGGAUUAAGGAGAGUGGAAAAGAAAAUUUAUGCAAAUGA